AAAAUUUAAAAUCGAAUAAAAAAUACAAAUAAAAUGUAUCAAUAUUUUGGAUUUGUUUCGCUCAUCAUCAUAAUUUUAACAUACAACAGCAAUAUUAUGAUAACUGCCAGACCAUCAGAAUCUGCAGACUUAGAAUUAGAUGAUGCCGAACUUCUAUCCAAUCCAAACGAAUAUUAUGGAAAUUUAACUCCUGAAAUAGUGAAAAAAGUAAAAAUGUGCGAUGCUGAUAUGGAAACCAUGGAACUUUGCAUGCGCUGUGCAAAAAUAACCAAAUCACAUAUUGUAUAUCCUUUAUGCUGUGCAAACGAAGACGAAGUCAGAUAUUGGUGCCGGGAUUAUGUGUACUAUCCCAAGUAACUGCGCAACUUUCUUAAGAGUGCAAUGUACAAUCUAUCAUAAACAACCAUUUAUAUCACAUAUAUUCUAUAUAAAUUAUGCAAAGUAUAUUUAAAAUGCUCUUACAAAUGUUAAUAGUUUUAGUGGACUUCUUUAGGAUUUUGUUUUAGUUAUUAUGAGAAAUUGGCUGUGAAAAAAGUAUAUAUUUAUGUCAUUAAUUAUUAUGACAUUAACUCAUAAGGACAUAAAUUAUCAUGUGUAUAUUUAAUAAAAUUAUCAAUUAUAUGAGCAAUAAUAUAUCCUAUCUGCAAUUAAUGUAAUAAAUACAAAAUAAAACAAUUUCUUUUAUUGAAUAUA